AUGUCGGUCCUUUUUACCAGUAUUUCCGAGAACAACCCGGUGAAGCCAGGGGAUGCUGAGGCUCUCCUUGCACCCCUUGGGCUAACGAUAGAUUCUUCCGAAUCAAGCGAUUUUCACACACUUCUGGCGGCCGUUCAUGACUGCGCUGAAGGUGUGGCCGCUCUUCCAGACUAUCAACUGAGUCCCGAUCAAACGAAGUACCCUCGUCAAAACUUGCGACGACCGAGCAAGGAGGAGCAGGUGCUCGGGCAAGCUUGGGCACACAAGUUCCUCAUCAGAGGAAACAAAGGAGGCAUCCUGGAAGGGAAAUCCGUCAGUCUCAAGGAUGUUAUUGCGGUGGCGGGUGUGCCGCAGCUUAUGGGCAGCGACAUCAUCCCAUCAUGGACUCCAAGUACCGAUGCCACGGUAGUGACACGUUUGUUGGAAGCUGGAGCCGAUAUCCAUGGGACGUCGACUUGUGAGAAUUAUUGCCAUUCGACCUCUUCGUUUACCAGUGCGCAAGGCACGGUCGAAAAUCCUCAUGCCACUGGGUAUUCCGCAGGUGGUAGUACUUCGGGAGGUGCAGCGCUUGUUUCGGCCGGGUUCGUGGAUAUCACAAUUGGAGGUGAUCAGGGUGGAAGUAUUCGAGUUCCAGCAUCUUUCUGCGGCUGUGUUGGUCUCAAACCGACCUACGGCCGUGUUCCGUUCACGGGCAUCAGCAGUGGCGAUUCCAUGAAUGACCACGCAGGGCCAUUGACUCGAAGUGUGCUCGAGGCCGCAACCUGUCUUGAUGUUAUCAGUGGGUAUGAUGGCAUCGAUGAUCGCUCCCUGGGAAGUGCCAAGCCAGGCUCGACUACUUUUGCAGCAAAUCUGACCGAAAGCUCUAAGAGACUGGAAGGUGUGCGAAUUGGCGUUUUAAAAGAGGGAUUCGAGCAUAGCGCUGUUAGCCCAAGUGUCAAACAUUCAGUUUUGACGGCAGUGAAGAAGUUCAAAGAACUUGGCGCCACAUUAGAGGAGGUUUCCCUUCCCGAUCAUCUCCAUGGCCCAGCAAUUUGGACGAUUCAACAACGCAUUGCGGGUGCGCAAACUUUGCUAGGACGGAAUACUGGGCGAAGAGGUCUUUACACGACUGAGAUGGAGCAGGCAAGACUGCCAUGGACCGACGAAGGAUUCCAAAGAGCCUUUCCAUCAACAAAGAACGUUAUUGUCAAUGGACUCUAUCUCAUGUCUCGCUUCCCCGGUCUGUACGGAAAGACAGCGAACAUUGGCCGUCAAUUGAGUGACAAAUACGAAGCACUCUUUGAGAAGUACGAUGUGCUGGUGAUGCCUACUACUCCAUUUGUCGCUCCCAAGAAUGGGAAAAGGGGUCUUCCUCUGGAGUCGCUGAAGCCUAGUAUGGGCUUGACUAUCAACACUGCCGUCUUCAAUGUGACUGGGCAUCCAGCUAUGUCUGUUCCCGUUGGAUUCGCUCCCGCAACUGAGGACAUGGACGUCAUGCUUCCGGUCGGCCUGCAGAUUGUUGGAGGAUUCUGGCAAGAAGAGAAGAUCUUGCGAGUCGGGCAUGCGUGGGAGAGCCACUUUGAUUGGAAGAAAAUGCUUUUUUCGAUGAAUGCGAACUAAA